CAGUUGUGUUAAUUUUUUCAGUGGACAGUUUCAUUAAAUUCAUUUGAAAAUUUCCUGUAUGUUUGGUUGCAUACCUAACGUCACUUGUUCUUCACAUAACAAACACAUAACCGUGUAGUGAUAAAGAAUCUUGUCAAAAUGUCCGCAAUAAUAAGGUUAGUUGGACCAGGCAGAAGGGCAAUCAACAACCUGCUGGCAACCCAAACGCAAUCAUCCCUCGUGCGAGCGAUACAAAUCAAAGCCCUGCCACGCAAUGACACCCCCACGGCGCUCCACGAGCACGACACCAGCAACAUGCAGCUGGGCCGUCCAAUGUCGCCACAUCUUACCGUUUACCAACCACAACUCACCUCCUUCUUGUCCAUUACGCAUCGCAUCACCGGCAUGGGAAUGACCGCAUACAUCUACAUGCUUGCGGCAGGCCCACUUUUCUGGAAGGACUACAACUCAUUCAUCACUGCUUUUGCUGGUUUGGGACCAGCAGCUCAUGUGACUGCUAAGUUCCUGAUUGCUUUCCCUCUUGCCUAUCAUGUUGUCAAUGGAUUAAGGCAUUUAGCAUGGGAUAGCGGUAAAUUCCUGACGAUUAAGGAGGUUUAUUCUACUGGUUAUGCUAUGGUUGGGAUGAGUCUUGUCCUAACUGCUUUCUUCAUGUCAUUGUAAAGUGAAAUCUUUAAAUUUCAUCAAAAAAACUUAAUUAUUUUGGGUAUUACUUAGCAUAUAAUUGAAUUUAUGUCUUAUUAAUUUAUUUAAUGCAAAGUAAAAGUUUAUAAAAUUA